AUCUGAUAUUUUGCACCGUUGGUCCAUAAAAUGAAUCUUCAAGUUUUCGAAAUUUGAAUUGUGGAAUUAGAUUCUUCCUUGCUUCUUCACUUCAAGCUUCAUCAUCUUUAAUCUUCACUGCUGAGAAAAUGGACUCCUUACCGGAUGCCGUUGUCCAAUACAUUUUGUCAAGCUUAACCAAUGCCAAAGAUGUGGCAUCUUGUAAUUGUGUCUCCAAGAAAUUUAAAGACUCGAUGCCAUACAUUACGAGCCUUUACUUCCCUCGUAGCAUCUUUGACCACCUUUCGCACGGUCAAACUCCCGAUGGCAUCGUGAUGAAGAUGAUCUCAUCGACAUCUCGACUAGAAGAGCUUGUAGUUUAUUGUCGGUUUACCGCCAUAGGGCUGGCUUCAUGGCUAUUACUCGUGAGCCCUUCGUUAAAAAAUCUUGAACUCCGUAUGGAUGAUCUUGUAGACCAAAAUACCCCUAUCGACUGCCCUUCUAAACUCGAAUGCGUUCAAGUUGCAAGAAACUUGGAGUCUUUGAAACUUUGGGGUGUGUUAAUGGUUCGUGCUCCAAAAUGGGACGUGUUUCAUAAACUAACGAUUCUUGAGAUUGUUGGAGCGAAGUUGAAGGAUGCGGUGUUGACCGAGGUUCUUCGGUCAACUCCUAACGUUACUAAUCUUGUACUUCUUAAGUGUGAGGGUUUGAGGAAUGUUUGGAUUGAGCUUCUUGAGCUUAAACACUCUAAACUUGAUUUUUACGGUUUGGGUAGUUGCUCGCUCACACUACGGGCUCCGAAGAUUGAAUCUCUUGAGGUUCAAGGGUGCAGUUGGAUCAGGGUUCGAGAGACCAACUGCUUGAAGAAUCUUUCCAUUGCUAAUAACGACGGGAGAGUUUACAUGGUGGACUUUGGUAAGCUCACGAUGCUUGAAUCGUUAUCCAUUAGAGGCGUUCAAUGGUGUUGGGAUGCAAUAAGCAAAAUGCUUCAAUUUGCAACCGAAGUUAAGCAUCUUUAUAUGAAAAUCGAAUUCACCGGAGACUUUGAAGCUCUUCUUCCUUUCCCGGAAAUCAAUUUUGUUGACUUUUUCAAAAGUCAUCCGAAACUCACAUCUUUCGACAUUCAUGGUGCAAUGUUUGCAGCUCUAUGCCAUAAAAACAGUCUAAAGAAUGUGGAUUCGAGUUUUGUGAUUCCGAGCCUUGAAGAGGUUGUGAUCACUGUGAGAUCACCGUUAAACGCUGAGCAGAAAAUGAGUACGCUUGAGGCGAUGGUGAAGUUUGCUAACAAGUUAAAGAAGAUGAAGAUCAAGAUUCUUCAAAUGAGAAGUGGACAUUGCAGUGCAGAUGAUUUUUUUGAGGAGAUUUGCAAGUUUAGAUUCAUGAAUCACAAGUUAAUCUCAAUAGAAUAAGAUAAAAAUCCAUGUUUUUUUUAAUUCAAUUCAUUGCAUAAUUGGAACUUAUAAUUUUUGACUGUAGAAGUUUAAGUACCUUUGAUGUUUUGAUGAA